AUGCCUGUAGGCUCCAGCCUUCUAUUUCCCUUGACUCUGAGAGACGGGGGCGAUGGUCAAGGCGUCAACAUCGUGGAUGAAGCGUUCUCCUCAUCUACAGCUACUGCACUCGCUGCAUAUCCUGGGGUAUUCGAACCAACCACAGCUAUUAAUCCUCCGCAAUGGAUUGCUGUUGGGUGCACAGACGGGAGCAUAUUCAUGUUGUCUCAUGGCGCACGCGACAACCUGGGCCAACUCUUUCCACGACAACUCCCUCGCAUGCGGCCAACCUCUCCAGUUCCAUCCAUAUCUUCAAUAAAAUCUUCAGGGAAUCACUUUUCCCCUACUAAUAUUGUUCCUAGUCGCUCGCUGGCCAUCUCUGACUUGAGCAUGGACGAAGCGCAGGCACCAAUGAAUUUCAUCGAUCACGAUGACGAGCACAAGCUCCGUGCACUUCUUCACACUCAGUCUGCCCCUGCUCCCCCUAAAGACAGGGAAGCUCUUCCUCCCGCACCUCCCCGACGCAUUGAUAUUGCAACUGAACAGACAACUGACAAACCCUCGUUGAAGCCUCCAUUUCAGCGAACAUCGAAUGCUGCAGUUCUGGCCGAUACCUACCCUGGCUCCUCACUUGGUUCACGGAACGGUACAGACGAAAAAUCGUUAUAUCCUUAUGCCUUGAGAUAUCAUCUUUAUCCGCCACAAACAAGUUCUGGAAAUUCUACUGUGUUCCUCGAGUUCAUAAAUGACGGAAACCUUCUUCUGUCACUCCAGACGGCAGGGCGGCUGUCCGUGUACUCUGUUCUGGAUGGUCUCUGCCUCAUUUCUGUUGAUCUGGGUGGUCCACCCCGCUGCCAGGCCCCUGUGGGAUACGAGAAUGUUCCAGCGGAUUCGCGUCUCUGGGAAUGGAAAGGAUUAAAUAUCAUACCCUUGAGCAGUCUGAUCGUUUAUAUCACGGCCUCGGACCCUUUCCAAUUUUCUCAGCUAGACCUUCCUUAUACCGACACAAUGUCGACAACGCGUGUAUCGUGUCUUAAGCUGAAUCUCCAUGAACUCAGACCUUUCUUAGUGGACGAUGAAGCUGUUGAAUGGCUCGGAGAGUGGAUCGUGCAAGGCCCAGCCUCUGCUUCUGGCGCUUUCUCCUGCCCAACCGAUAAUAAUCCUGAUCAAGUUUUGUGUUACAGACUUUCCGAGAGUCACAUCUUUCUUGUCACUCCAGUAAACUUCUUACCGAAGUCUAGUAGUGGUUUGCUCCAUAGGCCAGUUGACGACCGAGGAACAAAUGAUGCGUCUUCAAACCAGCUGCAUCUCCCUCGCCUCCCUCUCUCUGCAAUUUAUCGGCCUUUUAAAAUCGGAGGGAAGCUGAUCCCGCGACGUCAGGCUUCGCUUUACGAGCACAAGAAAGAUGACAUCCACUUUUUGGACAAUCGAGUUUUGCUCGGUGAUAAUAUCUCUACCCCUGGGAUUGAUCUCGACGGGAGGCAAGUGAAAGGAGAGCGCGUUGGAUUCUUGAGGAUCGAAGGUUGGGGCAGGAAAAUACUCUGGAGACAACAGUCGAAGGAUCCAUACAACAGUUUAGGCGACGGCUAUCUAAGAGUGGCUCCACUCUCCCAACUGGUUCACGGGCUUGACCUGCCGAGAUAUGCGGGUUCGAAACGAUCUUUGCACCAGCCGAUAACAAGUCUCCACGUCACCCUCAAUUAUCAUGUUAUGAAAACUCUGGUUGUUGCUGGAACGGCAGACGGCACCGUAUCUCUGUGGGAGACGGGAUCAUUGAAUCUGCUCAAGAAAUGGACAAUAUUUCACGAUGCAUUACGAUAUGUGAUCACGUUGCCGGACCCUCAUCCAGGUCGAAUGCAUGAUUGUGUCUUAUGUAUGUCAAUAAGCGGUACGAUAGCGGUCAUCAGUGUAGAGACACUGCAGCUGCUGUAUGUCAUACCGGGAUCCGUCGCUCCAUUAGAGCGGAUUUGGGUUAGCGCGAACAGCAUAUUGUUGUUGUAUGGCAAUUCGCGAACUCGCCUUUGGGACACGAACACACUGGAAUUUUGGAGAUCAAUGGGUCAAGAUCAGGCGAUGGAGCUUUUGAGUCAAGGGGGAUGGUUUGAUGCUGGUCCUCUGGAGCAGCAAGAGCCCGACUUCCCUUGCUGGAGUCUGGGACGCCUCGAUUCCAGUGCCGGUGCACUGGAUGUUGCCAGGACGGUCAUCGUUGAUGCGUGGCGGUUGCUUGGUUUGGCGCCCGUUUCAGCAUCGCUGCCGCCGACAGAAAGUGACAAGACUCCUGAGCAGGCAUUCGGUAAAGGUAAGAGGCCCGAGCAUCCGGAAAGACCAGAACAUUCUCCACCCUCUUCGGGUCGCGAUGAGGCCGCCAUGUUGGCUGUUUCCUUUCUCAUUACUCAAGAAGAAACUCGUUAUGCAAAUUUUGGGGCGAAAACACGCCACUUUAGUUCCGCUUUAGUUGGCAUGUAUGGUUACGGCGGUUCAGUAGCCAUACCAGCCAUUUCUUGUAACACCGAAUUGUCUCUAAUUUAUAAAACACGACGCUUAUUUGCCCUUGCGUUGGCGUUUCGUCAAGCUGGACUAGAUCCAACGAAACUCAUCAAUAAAUUACUCUCUCAAGCUGGGCUGGCACAAACUCCUAGAGAGUCGUGCCCAAAUAUCUCAUUCCCCCUUCUUGGCUCGAUUUGGUCACAGUCAUCAGGCGAAGAGAAGUACGUCGCAAGAUAUCUCUUCGACGCUGGUGCUACAUUGCUCUCGGAUCGAGCUGCCACCGAUCUCUUUGACGAGUGGCAGCAUUACCUUCCGUUCCUGCAAGCCGAUGCCCAUAAGCAGUUUCCCAUAUCGGCACUUGCUUUAUUUGUGGUAGGAAAUGUGGCUGUUGAGAAAUACGCCAUUUGUUCCCCAAGUACUCUAAUCGACGUCUCACGAUCAAUCAAGUUAUACAUGAGUGACGAUCAGUCCCCUCAUCGCGCAACCGCCAUUGACUUAUGCUCUCGUGGGUUCCAUAUCUGGAGAAUUUAUGUGAACGCCAUGGAUCUUCUAAGAUCCCUUUCUCGACUCGCUGUUGGGACUCCGGCACAAAAGGACAGCACUCAACUUCGAAAUUUGGUUCAACUAGCACGAACGAGUGUUCUGCAGAUUGCCAAGGCCAAUACACCUCUUUUCAUUUCAACGAUUUCAUUGGACAUCAUGGAUACCAACUCCGUUGAAUAUCGUAGCUCCACUAUGCAGCUUAUUGCAUACAUAAUUCGCAGAGAUCGAAUGAUAUUGUAUCCAAAUCUACCUCGUCUUGUGGAAGCGGUGGUCAAAUCCCUGGACCCCAAUUCAUCUGCAAGAGAAGUAGUGUUGGACUCCGCCAUCGAAUUUCUUGGGCAAGUGGUGCGAACGUACGCGAGUAUUGAUUUCUAUAUGCCCACUCAGCGCUUGGCGGUCGGCACGAACGAAGGUGCCCUCAUCAUGUAUGACUUGAAAUUGGCCUCCAGGUUAUACGUGCUUGAUGGACACAAACAACGAUUGUCCGCUUGCACCUUCUCUCCUGAUGGGCGUCGAUUAAUUACAGUAUCAUUGGAAGAAGGGCUUGUGAUGGUGUGGAAAGUUGGAUCGAGCCUUGUCAGCUUCUUCAUGCCCGGUGCUCCACCACGACAAGGGAACUCGAGCUCCGAACCUUUCAAAAAGUUCCCCAUAACCGUCAGAACAGAUACAACAUACGAACAACUUUGCGAUUCACUAGUAUUUGAUUGGCCAGGUCCGCGGACCGCCAGAGUGACUAUCGGCGAAAGUGUCUUCACUUUCGCUACCUAA